AUGACAGCGUACGACAGGACUUUCGGCAAAAAUUUGUCCAUUUUCCGUGUCUACUUGCCCUCCGUCCUGUGUAUUGCCCCACCCGCAAAACCCUCUACCACCAUCCAACGUAUGACAUGGUCCACAGGCCAGCACAAGUUUGUUGGGCAUCCUACACCCAAUCGUUGUCGGCUCCUAUACCCACAACCCCUGCACACAAUCCUGACGCCCCAACAAGCAUCAACCGUCAACACCAGCGAUGUGAACUCGGUCCAUACCCGUUCUCACUGCGACCGCACCUCCACAUCACACAUCGGCCUGGUCGGUCACUUGCGAAUCCAUCGCACAGAGGCUGGCGAACCAGUUCCUGGAGCACCAACCUACACCCGCCACAUUCGCCACCACAGUUCACACUGCUCCCAUACAUUCAGCCACCGCAUGGGCCUUCCAGGUAACAUGGGCAUUUACGAGAACGGAACUGACCGCAGUCUCGACACACCUAGCACCUCAUGCACAUUCGCCAUGCCUAGCCCAACCCACACCCCGUCGCCCAACGCACCCACCACCAUCAGCCCCGCCACAACGAGCACACCUUGCACGCCCAACAUGCCCAGCCCAAAACACCCGUCGCCCAGUGCGUCCACUAUCAACAGCUCCACAACUGCCACCAUCUCCUAG